AUGUAUGCUGAAGACUUCAACCACAGAAGUGAAGAAACAAAAAGAAACUCAUGGGAAGCUACUGCGAGUGAGUUUUCUUCAGAACUAAGUACUCAAGUGAGCGAGACCAGGCCACUUUUCCAGUUAUAUCUCAUUUCAAAGAAGGCACCAAAAUCUAAGAGGCCAUUAAUAAAAUCAACUAAGUUUGAAAGACUAUCGUUUUACAAUACGUAUACUAUACCGGCGUGGAAAUCUGAACCUAUAUGUAAAGAAAUCGUACACCAUAACAGUUUAAUAUGGCUUCACGUAGGCAACUUCAUGUUCAAAAGCUUAUCACAUACUUUUGUUCACAUAUUCUACGCCUCAUACUCCCCAGAAGAGCAUAUAUUUUCGACUAAAAUGGUACCGUUUUGUGUCGGUCAUAAAUUUCUGGUACUAGUAGCAUCACUUUCAGCUUUAAUGGUCUCAAUGAACUCAUUAUAUUUAACAUUUUAUUAUUUUAUAAAUGGGUUUCUUUAUAAAAACCCAUGGAAUAGAUAUAACUUUGAACAAAACUAUAAUUCGGGGAAUAUUGCUCUUCUAUACUAUGCAUUAUUGUGGGGUGUGACAGCCAUUUUAACUUUUUACGUUUCAAAGAAAUUCUUUUGGAAGGUAUUACACUAUGCUCACUGGUCAAUCAUUUUGACAAAUAUCUUGACAGUUCUAUAUAUAUUAAUAGAACUAUCUGGACUAAGAAGAAAAAGAGAAUAUGUGGCUUCUACAUCUGACAUUAUUACUUAUAAAUAUUGGGUUCUAGGACUACUAUGUCUGUACGCCAUCGGAAUUGCGACGUUAUCUGAAAUAAUAAUAUUGUACAUUUUUUAUCCCCUAGGGAGGCUAAUUGAUGAUUAUACCUUUCAUUACGGAGAACCACCGACAAGAUUGAGAAAAAUAAGCUUGCAAGUUGUACCCUUCUAUUAUAUGAUUAAAUUUUUCGCACUACUGUACUCAUUGUAUGGUAUGCGCAACAGUACCAAAUUUAUAGCAUCUCAAUACUUGUGGUGUUGGUACUUAAUGUUGGUUCCUCUUAUUCUGGGCAUGAUAUACAAUAUUUACAAGCAACACGUCAUACGUAAAGCUAGCAUUAGUCAACUGUUCCGCCCAGAUCCUAAGUGGGGCCCAAAGGACUUUUCCGUGAGACAAUUAAGGAAGCAGUACGAUUCAAGAGUUUAUGUCAAAUCAGAUGUUCCCCGUUCACUGAGUCGCCAUCUAUUGUCUCAAGCGGAACCUAAGGUGUACAAGUUAGAUGUUCGCUACGAUCUGUAUAAGAAACACCACGUAGAACCGUUGGAAGUUCGGUUCAGAGUUGAGAGGGAGAACAAAGAAAAAUAA